GGGGCCACACUCUCCCUCACUUUCAUUUUGUGGCUUUAACUUUGCGCUCCACCCAUAACACACACAGACACAUUUAUUUAGUCUGUUCCCACUGAGAAAGUUAUUUCCAGCCGGAGAGGAGGGGAGCCUGUGACAGUCCAUCUCCAACCCCAACAACAACCCAAGUCUGCUUUGGAAACAGUAAUCGGUUUGCUGAGCCAGGAGCUAACCAGAAGCUCCCUCUCUCUCUCUCCGGGACACAGCGAAGGGAGAGCUCCUUCCAAAACACGUCUCCAUGGCUGUGUGCAACGGAGACAGCAAGCUGGAUAUCAGCAGCGCAGAUCAGAAUGGAUCAUGUGAGGGGGCGGUGGCCAUCCUGGAUGCCGGGGCCCAGUACGGCAAGGUGAUCGACAGACGGGUGCGAGAGAUGUUUGUACGCUCUGAGAUCCUCCCUCUGGAAACCCCGGCCUUCGCCAUCAGAGAACAGGGCUACAGAGCCAUCAUCAUCUCAGGAGGUCCAGCCUCUGUGUAUGCAGAAGACGCCCCCUGGUUUGACCCGGCCAUAUUCACUAUCGGGAAGCCCGUGCUUGGGAUUUGCUAUGGGAUGCAGAUGAUGAAUAAAGUUUUUGGCGGCACCGUGCACAAAAAGAGUUUAAGGGAAGAUGGAGUCUUCAGUAUUGGACUGGACAACACUUGUUCUCUCUUCAGGUAA